AUGCCAAGCGUUGAUCUACCCUGGAUCAUUUAGAUUAUACUAAAGAAUUAACUAAAAUAAUCAAGGUUUGUUACAUGCUAAGGUAAGGACUCAACUCAAUUAUAUAGAUGGUCUAAUAAUAUGUAAAGGAAUUCGAAGAAAUUAUAUAUCAACGCAAAUAACCAAAUGUUAACAUUAUAUAAUGGUUUGAUACAUAAGAAUAGAUAUUUUAAACAAUGUAGAACUAAAGUAAAUUAUAAUAAGAAUAUCAUAAUUGUCUUAAAUAAAUACUCUCAAUACUUCGAACUAAAUGCAACAAUGAAUAUCUCUUUGAGUAAAUAUUGAAAGGUAAUCAGAUUGAAUAAAAAUAUGUUGACUAUUUGAUAAUUAAUUUGGAUAGUAUGUACAAUAUUGCAAAUAAACAUGUGCAAUAAUUAAAGGGUUUUUAGAAAUUAAUAAGAUGGUGUACAUUAGAAUUAUUUGGUGGAUUAAAUGAAUUCAGAGCUAGAUUAUAAUUAAAGAAUCCAAAUGCAAAAAGAGUAAUGAUAAUGAAUGGAAAGUCUAAAAUUGAUUGUAUGUACUUGAUCAAUCAAACAGAUGGUUAAACAAAUAACACAGUUCUCUUUUGUAAUCCAAAUGGUGGAUAUUAUGAAUAUAUGUUCUAUGAUGUAAUAUGAAAUCAAUAUAUCUAGUGUAAUUGGUUUAGAUUCUAUGAAAACAAUAAAAUCAAUGUGAUAGUUUGGAAUUAUAGAUAAUAUGGUUAAAGUACUGGUUAAAUCAAUCCAAAAGCUCUUCUUUCAGAUGCAAACACAAUUGUCAAUUACUUUAAAGAACACUUCAAUAUAAUGAGGUUUGGAAUCUAAGGAUAUUCAUUAGGUGGUUCAAUUGCUGGAGAAGUGGCUUUAUUAAACAAUUUAGAUUUUUUGAUUGUUGAUAGAACAUUUUCAUCAAUAGGAUAGAUAGCUUCAAAAUGUUUUAGUAGUCGUAUAAGGAUGUUAUUUAAUAUUAUAACAGAUUGGGAUAAACCUUACUAUAUGAACUAUUGGAAUUAUAGAGGACAUAAAUUAAUUGUAUAGGAUUCGAAAGAUGAAGUAAUUCCAUACGUUGCUUAAUUAUAAGUAGCAGUAGCAAGAGAAUGGUUCAGUCCAUAUAAAGAGAAAUAUUUUAGCAAGAUUACAUCUAUGUUAGAUUAAGAAUCAGCUAGUUUUUAGAUAUUCUUCAAUUAAAAUAUUUUGAAUCAUUAAUAAAUGAAAGUUUUAUUAAAUAGUUUAAGUAGAGUAGUAAAUUUAAUAAUAAAAUAACAUAAAAUGGAAUUAUAAAUGGAACAUAUAUAAGAUAGAACUUUAAUCAAUAUUAAUUUAAAUUUACAUAAUUAAUAAAAUUAUGUUGAAUUGAUUACAGCUGAAGAAUUGGAAAGAUUAUAACCACUCUUAUAUUCAAUGAUUGAAAUACUAUUUUCUUUAAAAUACAAUAAUACAGCAUUGAUAGAAUUAUUGAUUUACAAUUAGGAUAAUUUUGAAGAAAAAAUCUAAUGUUUUUUUGCUUGUUGUUUUACUUUUGGUAUGCAUGAUUAUCAACAUAAUUUUAUUUAACAAUAUUCAAUAUUUAGAUAAGCUAUGACUGAAUUUUUAAAUUUAUAAGGAAAUUAAAAUGAUUGGGAGAAUGUAUAUAAAAUUAAUAAAUUUAGUUAAAACUUGAUGGUUAAAUAAUAUUAGAAUAAUUCAAUAAAAUAGUUGAUAGAUUUUCAGAAUAUAUGGAUGAUACAUUAUAGACAAAUAAUCUUAAUGAAUCUACAGAAAGAGGAGCUAAUAUUGAAAUGAAAUUGACAUCACAUUAUAUAACAAAAAUUGGUUAAUUAAUUAAUGUGGAUUGUGGACAUAACAAUAAUUUGACUGAAUUAGAUUAUAAUCAUGUAAAGGUAUUCUUAAGAUAAAUAGGAAUUUUAUGA